AUGCUGACUGCUCCCCAGGUAUUAACUGUACCAGAAAUCUUAAUAGGGUUUACCAUGUUAGUGACAAAACAGCCGACAAGAGCAAUGACUCCUUUCCACUCUUUUAAUUUAUCCAUCAUUUUACGUUUAUAUCAGGCUAAAAUGCUGAUACUAAUUUGAAGCUUAUUAGUGUUGUAUAAUUUGAUUCCUAAGAUUGUAUCUAUUUUUUACAACUAUAAUACUUUAUAA